AUGCGUGUCCUCGCCUACUGCGCCAUUGUCUGUCUCGCGGCUGUAGCAACUGCUGACAACGUCGCUGUCGACGAGUUGGUCAAUAGCGUCACUGCAUCGGCUACGAACGCUGCGACGAACGUGGUGAACAACGCAGUGAACGACGCGGCAUCUGCUGCCACUGACGCCGCUAAUAGUGCUGCUGAUAAUGCCGUGAACUCAAUUACGGACGCUGCCAACAGUACUGUGGAUGGUGCCAUUGGCGCCAUUACCGAUUCCUCGAAAUCAGCUGCUGAACUCGUGGGCGAAGCAGGAAGUUUGCUGGAAGAAGCUGGCAGCGUCGGGUCAGCUUCGGACGCUGGCUCGUCCACGGCGUCGGCCAUGGGCCCGUCUUCAGGUCUUGUCAUGAUGGCGCUUGCAGUCGCUGGACUUGCACUGAACUUUGCCUAA